AUGGCUGCCGAAAACAAGCCGGAAGGACUGAAGAGAAUUCGUAAUGCAGAUCGAAUGUACAGAACUUCCGUCAGCUACGCCAGCCACACUGCUACUAAGGGUGUCCGAGAUGACACAGACACCAACAAUGAACAUGGACAUUUGAAAAUCUAUCUGCCUAAGAAGCUGCUCGAAUGUCUGCCCAAAUGCUCCUCCCUGCCCAAGGAGAGACAUCGGUGGAACACCAAUGAGGAAAUCGCUGCUUACUUGAUAUCAUUUGAAAAGCAUGAAGAGUGGCUAACGACAUCCCCUAAAACCAGGCCACAAAAUGGGUCUAUGAUCCUGUACAACAGGAAGAAAGUGAAGUACAGGAAAGACGGCUACUGCUGGAAGAAAAGGAAAGAUGGCAAGACCACGCGGGAGGAUCACAUGAAGCUGAAAGUGCAGGGAGUCGAGUGUCUGUACGGGUGUUACGUCCACUCCUCCAUAAUCCCCACCUUCCACCGCAGGUGUUACUGGCUGCUCCAGAACCCAGACAUCGUUCUGGUCCACUACCUUAACGUUCCAGCCAUAGAGGAUUGUGGGAAGCCAUGCGGUCCAAUCCUGUGCUCCAUCAACACAGACAAGAAGGAGUGGGCCAAAUGGACCAAGGAGGAGCUCAUCAGCCAGCUCAAGCCCAUGUUUCAUGGCAUCAAGUGGACUUGCAGCAACGGGAACAGCAGCACCGGCUUCUCGGCUGAGCAGCUGGUGCAGCAGAUCCUGGACAGCCACCAGACCAAGCCACCUCCCCGGACUCACAACUGCCUCUGCACGGGGACGCUGGGUGCCGGCAGCAGUCUGCAUCACAAGUGUAACAGUGCCAAGCACCGCAUCAUCUCCCCGAAGGUCGACCCGCGCUCUGGAGGUGCUUACAGCAGCACUCACUCCGAAGUCCAGAACAGUGAUGUGUCUGAGGGCAAGACCGAGCACACCCAUGGAGCUGGCAAAAAUGGCAGAGCAACAGGUGACGGGCCAGGUGGAUCAACAGCCCGAGAAAAGAGGAACAGCAAAGGACCAAAACCGGCUUUACUUCAUCAGAACAGUAUGGAGGUGUCCUCCACCAACCAGGUUGAGGUACCAGACACCACCCAGAGCUCUCCUGUCUCCAUUAGCAGUGGGCUAAACUCCGAUCCAGACAUGGCCGACAGCCCAGUGGUGACAGGUAUGAGCCAUGUGGCCUCCGUCAUGAGCAGCCUCUCCCAGUCCGCCACUGUCUUCAUGUCAGAAGUCACCGGUGAUCCCGUCUACAGCAUGUCUCCCACUGGAGAUCCCAGUGCUCAUCUCUUAGGUACUGACACAGCCUCAAGCAGCUUGGUGCUGGCAGUCGCUGCUGACAGUCACAAAUUUGCUUUUCCUGGGGCUGUGGGUGUGGGUUUAGGAGAUGUAGGGUCGACAGAAAGGUUGGCUAUGCUUUCUGCAGCUAGCAUGUCAGAAGAGCUUGUACUCUCGAGCAGCCUAGAAUCUGGGAGCAUCAAGCUGCCUGAAACCACCGUGAACUUUGACCCAGACUGCUUCCUCAACAACCCCAAGCAGGGCCAGACAUAUGGAGGAAAUGGGCUGAAGACAGAGGUCAGCAAUGCCAGUAGUUGCAGCAAUGGAGGAGUCCGCUGUUCGCCUCCUCUCACCAACAAUGGUUAUGGCUUCAACGCCUCACUGGUCAAGAAUAUAAAGACAGAAGACACAUCAUUUGAGCAGCAGCUGGCCAAAGAAGGUGGUUACCAGGUGGGAGAGGUGGCCAGUGGUGCAGGUAGCAUGUCCAGUUCCUCAGGCAGUGGCUCAACCCAGAGUUCCUUAGCUCUGACCCCAACUAGCUCAUUGCUCCCAUCUGGUGGUGGCCUGAGCCCUAGUACCACACUGGAGCAGAUGGAUUUCAGCGCCAUUGAUGCCAAGCAGGACUACUCUUCUACCAUGAUGUCUGCUGCCAACUACGGUCAAGCUAUAUCCAGCCCUCAGUUGGCUCAUCAGAGCCACUCUCCCAGCUUCUUCCUGCAGGGCUCACCUCAGUCCACCCAGACACAAUCCCACCAGAACACUAGCACUUCUGUUCAGAACUCACACGACUCAAAUGCUUUUAUGGGUUUGUCUGUAGUCAAGAGUGAUUCAACAGGCACCAAUGGGCAUCACCACCACCAUUCUCAUCAAGGCCAGCACACUGCAUCCAAUUGCAAUGGCAGCUCUCCAACUGAGAGAAAUGGGCAAGGUGGCAGUCUGCAACUUUUGCAGUACCAAAACCGCUUCGCAGGUGCCAGCAAAGAACACGAGGAUGUUGGAAGUCUGGAACAACCAGCCAACUCAGAAGGACGGGACACAGGUGGGCAAGAAAAGGAGACAGAAGAUCUGCUGAAGGCAGGGGACCACCUGCAGCACUGUGUGGGAAAUGGGGCAGACGGCAGUGGCGCUACAGAGCACUACCUCCAACAACCAGAGAGCACCAACAUCGGAGCAGGAGGAGCUGGAGGAACAGGUACGGGUACUAAUAGUGGAAGUCUGUGUAACGGCACUGAUGGCAACAGGUCAACUGGCAGUCCAAAUCAGCAGCUCCAGCCUCUCCUACAGGGAGCAGGACUUGUCCAGGGGCUCUUUAACAACAUGGCAGCCCACCAAGCUCUGGCCACAAGUGGAGCCAAUGGAGGAGGAUCCAUGGAGAUCAGUCUCGAUCACUUUGACGUCUCGUUUGGGAAUCAGUUUUCAGACCUCAUCAACGAUUUCAUUUCAGUAGAAGGAGGAAACAGCGCUGCAAUCGGGGGACAAACAGGCAACACACUCUACAGCCAUCAGAUAGUGACCCACUCAGGCACAGAAGGGCAAGUGUCAUCUGGAUCAACCACCCAACAGGUUACUGAAGAAGGAUCCACCCAUGGAACUGCAGGGUACAACUCUGCAGAACUCUGCCUCCAGCCCUGUUGCAGCCCCCAGUCGGCCCAGACCGGGGCACUUGGAACAGACACUGGGCAGCUGGCAUACAUGCAAGUAGAGGAAGUAGUGUCUGCUGCUGUGGCUCAUGGGACCAUGGGGAUACUUCAGAACACAGGGAGACUGUUUGUGGUGACAGACUACUCACCAGAGUGGUCUUACCCAGAGGGUGGAGUGAAGGUUUUAAUCACAGGACCAUGGCAGGAGGCUAGCAGUGACUACACUUGCCUGUUUGAUCAGAUCACGGUUCCUGCCUCACUCAUUCAGCCUGGAGUGCUGCGAUGUUACUGCCCAGCUCAUGACACAGGCCUGGUGACCCUUCAGGUGGCAGCCAGCAGCCAGAUCAUCUCCAACUCGGUGGUGUUUGAAUAUAAAGCCCGCGCUCUCCCCGCCCUGCCCACUUCUCAGCACGACUGGCUUUCCCUGGACGACAACCAAUUCAGAAUGUCGAUCCUGGAGCGCCUGGAGCAAAUGGAGCGCAGGAUGGCCGAGAUGUCUGGCCAGCAGCAGCAAGGCAGCGGAGGAACGUCUGAAAGUGGAGUAACAGGAGGAGGAGGUGGAGUAGGAGGAGGAGGAGGAGAAGGAAGAGGCAAUGCUGACCAGACACAGCUCUCCCCGGGUCAGAGUCAGAGUCCUGGACAAGCUGGAAGCUCCUUUGAGAGUCGUGUCGUGGUGGUGUGUGAGAAGAUGAUGAACCGUGCUUGCUGGGCAAAAUCCAAGCACUUAAUCCACUCCAAAACUUUCCGGGGUAUGACCCUACUCCACCUGGCAGCUGCGCAGGGUUACGCCAACCUGAUCCAGACCCUCAUCAAGUGGCGCACUAAGCAUGCAGACAGCAUUGACCUGGAGUUAGAGGUGGAUCCUUUGAAUGUCGAUCACUUCUCCUGCACCCCGUUGAUGUGGGCUUGUGCUUUGGGUCACACGGAGGCAGCAGUGGUUUUGUAUAAGUGGGAUCGACGUGCCCUGGCUAUCCCUGAUUCUCUCGGACGCUUACCGUUGGCCACAGCCCGAUCCCGGGGCCACACGAAGCUGGCAGAGUGUCUGGAAAACCUUCAGAGGGAAGAACAUCAGCAGCAGACUCCAGGGGCUUUCUCCUCGUCUGCAGAAAGCUCCACCACGGAGGGUUGGAUGAAUGUUUGGGGAAGUGAGACCACCUCUGGAAUAAGAGGGAGCAAUGUUGCUAGCUCCACUCCGAGCUCCAACCAAGAUUUGAGGAGGCCCAGGUCUGAAUCUUCCAGUUUCUACAACAGUGAAAGCCAAGGCGACGCCCCAUUAACCAAGAAACACAAACCCAAUCCAGAGAUCCACCAAACAAGGUCAAGCAAGCCCGCUUCUACCCCUCUGGGUUUAGGAGAGCAAGUCAACAAGACUAAAACAUGCCCUGCUAAAGCAGCCAGAGCAGGUACGAUGGACAAAGAGUCAGGAAAAGGAGACAAGUCUCAGACGAAGCUGGGCUCGGCUUGCGGAGGCGGGCGAUGGAGCGGCAGACAGACCGUAGGACGCAGAGGGCCAAUUGGAGGACUCGCUAAAGAAAGGUUGGCAAACAGACUGAGGUUACGAGAAGCAUCCGGUCCGGGAUCAGUCUCUGAGCUUCUGGUGGGCCAGGAGGAUCUGGAGAACACAGGGGACCUACAGUUGAAUAUGAUGACUCUGGCCGAGCACAUCAUCGAAGCAACGCCCGAUCGCAUCAAGAGCGAAAACUUCGUGGCCACAGAGUCAGCGCCUCUGGAUAGCGUUGAGGUCAACAGCACUAUGAGCUGGUUAGCCACUUAUCUUGGAGAUGCAGAAAGGUUCUUAUACAGCAAGCCGCUGGCGUGCUCCACAGGAUUGGGCGCUGGCCACGCUGGCAGCCACCCGGAAUCCGAAAGCCCUUUCGGGAAACUCGGACUUCCGUCUCCAGCAGACUGGAGCGCAUUUCUUAAUGUCUCUCACAGCAAAAAGGAACGGGAUUUAACCCAGCUGGCCCUGUCCGACCACGAGCAGAGAGAGCUGUACGAGGCAGCGCGCCAAGUCCAGAGCACCUUCCGCAAGUAUAAGGGGCGUCCACUCCGAGAGCAGCAGGAAGUGGCAGCUGCUGUCAUUCAGCGCUGUUAUAAAAAGUACAAACAGCUGACAUGGAUAGCCUUGAAGUAUGCACUUUAUAAGAAGAUGACGCUGGCCGCCAUCCUAAUCCAGAGUAAAUUUCGCAGCUACUAUGAGCAGAAGAAGUUCCAGCAAAGUCGUCGGGCAGCCAUGCUAAUCCAGCAAUACUAUCGCAGCUACAAGGAGCUGGGCCGACCCAACUCGCACUCUCACGCCGCUGCAGCUGCAGCCCUGGUGCAGCAUAAACUCAGAAGUGGUCUGCUCACCAAGAGGCAGGACCAGGCCGCCAGAAAAAUAAUGCGAUUUCUCCUCCGAUGUCGCCAUAGCCCCUUGAUGGACCAUAGACUGUUCAAACGGGGCGAGAGAACUGAAAAAGGCCAAGGAACAUGAGAGCUCGCCAAAGAGCCCCGUCACAAUGUAACGUCCACCUCCAGUCCAGACUGUUCCCCCUUUUCCUCUUUCUGUUUUUACACGAAACGAACAAUUUACCAAAAGGCAAAAACUAUUCAAGAAAAAAAAAACAACAACACACAGAAGCGAGAAGAUAUUAAGAACAUGUCAACAUGUGACGGUUGCAUCAUUACUGAUUCUGUCGACCCUGGUACUGCCACAGCGUUGUGUAUUUUUCCUCUCCAUUGGGGAACGUGGGGAGUUCUGCAUAAAACAAAGACUUUAUCUGGGAAAUAAUGACAUCCUCAUGCCAUUUUUUGCACUCUUCUUCUUCUUCUUCUUUUUUUUAAAUUGAGGAACGAUUGCCAUGGAACUGAACGCGAUUUUGUUCCUGAAAGCACUUAAGAUAAGAAAGAUGACAAGAUUAAGAAACACAUUGCAUUAACGUUGCAUUAAUC